GCUAUUUAUAUAUUUAAUAUCAAGCCGGUAUUUAUUUUGUUGUUCUUAGUAUUUUAUAAUAAGACAGUAAAAUAAUAAAUAUAAUAAUUAAAAAUGUCGAAAGCAGCAUCACGUCUAAAAAAAACAAAAAAACUGAUGGACAAAAUUGACCAUAGUUCUAAAUUACGAACACAUAUACCAGCUGGUUUAGCAUCACCAAGUCCACCUCUGGGUUCACAACUUGGACAGAGAAAUAUAAAUAUUGCUAAUUUCGUUAAAGACUUUAAUGAAAAAACUGCACAUAUUAAACAAGGCAUACCAAUACCAUGUAGAGUUAAAGUAUUACCUGAUAGAACUUAUGAUCUCGUGAUGCAUUUACCUCCAACAGGGUAUUAUCUAAUGCAAGCUGCUGGAAUUCAAAGAGGUGCUAUGAAUUCAGCAACCGAAAUUGCUGGUAAAAUAACAUUGAAACAUCUGUAUGAAAUAGCCAAAAUAAAAUCUCAGGAUCCACCAUUAUCGUUGGUGACUCUGCCACAAAUAACACAAAUGUUCGUUAAUAUUGCAAGAACAAUAGGUAUUAAAAUUGUCCGUGACUUAGAUCCUGAAGAGUAUGCUGAAUUUUUGAAAGAACGAGAAGCUAUUGUUGCUGAGCAGAAGAAAGAACUACAGGAAGCCAAAGAAGCUAAAAUGUUGCGAACGGCUUAGUUCAUUUAACUGCUUAUAGUGUAUAGAAUAUAUUUAACUGUAAUCUAUUAUUUUAAUUAAAUGCUGAAUUUCAUUUCUACCUUUUAUCAACUAAAAUAAAGUUAUUGUUUCAAUGAAA